AUGCGAGACGACAACACGCAGGUGUCGGACAGUAACGGCGACGCCAUUACAAAACUAUUCGAGCAACAGACGCAAUUGCUGCGUGAUCUCGCGGGCGGAACCAGCAGUCAGGAAUCUCAGGUUAAGUUGCCGGCUGUAAAACUUCCGACAUUCGACGGACGAACGGAGGAAUGGAAUCGCUUCUCUGAGACGUUCAAUUCCAUGAUACACUCGAACAAAAGCAUUCCGGACAUCCGAAAAUUCCAAUAUUUGGUCACCUCUCUGAGUGGGAACGCGGCUAAGAUUAUAGAAUCCAUCGAACUGACCGACGCGAAUUACAAGGUCGCAUGGGACCUACUAAAGAGGCGAUUCGACGACCCGAGGGCAAUAAAGAAGAAACAUAUUCAGUGCCUAUUCUCGAUGCCAAGGGUGGAGAAAGAGUCAGCUGCUGCGAUUCGAGGAUUGGUAGACUACACGCUGAAACAUUUGCGGAUACUGAAAUCCCUGAAGUUGCCGACGGAUGAGUGGAGCGAUCUUAUGAUGCACAUGGUUGAGGCUAAACUCGUUGCGGUUACACUGCGCGCUUGGGAGCAAAAUGUAAGUACGGCGGACCCCACAUUCACGACAUUGGUUGAGUUUUUAGAAGGGCGGUGCCAGACGCUGGAAAGAAUCGAAGCAAGGACGAAGGAAAGGGAGAGCUCACGUAAGGCCGAACCCGACAAGCACCGGGCAAAAAACCAUGACAAGACGGCAACGUUGGCUAAUUCGACGGAGGUUUCCAAAUGCUAUUUAUGCCAGGGUGAUCAUUUGAUGUAUCGGUGUGACAAGUUUUUAGCGUUGCCCGUGGAUGAUCGGAUCAAGGAGGCUCGACGGUUGAAACUCUGUAUAAACUGUCUUCGCAACGACCACUUCGUUAAGACAUGCAAAUCGGGCUCUUGUCGAGAGUGCUCAGGGAGGCACAACACCUUGUGUCACCGGCCCAAGACGGAAGGAAGUGCUCCAGUCAGCGGAGGCAUCGAAGGUCAGACGGAUCCGAGCGCAAGCGACAAGACGAGCGGCAGCCCUGCCGUUCACCACUCAAUGAACGCACCUGCCAAAAGGCACGUGCUUAUGGCCACUGCCGUGGUUAACGCGAUAGCUCCUAAUGGAACCAUUGUCCCACUGCGCGUUCUGCUCGACAGCGCGAGCGAGGCGCACUUCAUUACGCACGCGGCAUGCAAUCGACUAGGAGUCAAACGCGAUCGAACUAACGAAAUUGUUACGGGACUAAGCGGAAGCAAGAACGUUGUAAGUCAAUAUUGCGAGAUUGUUGUACAGUCAAGAUAUUCGGACACUCGGGUCAUUGUACGCAGUCUCAUAGUACCGAACAUUACCAAGCAGCUACCGUCGGUAGAAGUAGAUCGUAAUUCGUUGAAAAUACCGUCAAAUGUUAAACUCGCGGAUCCGGAAUUUUACAAACGCGGUGCCAUCGACAUGUUAAUUGGAUCGGAACUGUUUUACGAAUGGAUGGAGUUGGGGAAAAUCGAGCUCGGCGACAACCGUCCAGUGAUGCAAAAUACCAAACUCGGUUGGAUAGUUGCGGGCACAUUCUCGCACCCGUCCAUCGCGUCUCUCUUCUGUGAUCGCACUGCGAUAACGACCCUGGCGUGUUUGUUGGAUCACUGUGAAACGCUAAAUGAGAACUUGAGUAGAUUUUGGGAGAUUGAGAACUAUCGGUCAAAUACCACUCAAUCGCAAUCGAAGGAAGUUUUAAGGAGCAAUGAGUUAUUUGAGAAAACAACGACUCGCACCAACAGCGGUCGAUUUGUGGUGCGACUUCCGUUUAUCGAUGAUCCCAAAACGCUGGGCGAAUCGCGGGAAAUUGCUUACAAACGAUUAACGCAGCUAGAGCGGCGUUUCGGUAGAGAUAAGGUUUUGCGCGAGCGAUAUAUAGAUUUCAUGGACGACUACCUUAAGUCCGGACACAUGUCGUUAGUGACCGAACUCGAGCGGAACAUCGAACAACCCAUAGUCUACUUGCCGCAUCACGGCGUUAUUAAGGAAACAAGCACAAGUACAAAACUUCGCGCAGUUUUCGACGCGUCAAGUAAAACGAGCUCCGGCAGAUCACUAAACGAUAUUCUGCUCGUCGGACCUACGUUGCAAAGCAAUUUAUUUGAUGUCAUCGUUCGUUUUUAUAAUGUCGCAAUGACCGGAGAUAUUCGGCAGAUGUAUCGGCAGGUACUCGUGCAUGAAAGGGAUCGAGAUUAUCAAAGGAUACUCUGGAGAUCGUCUCCAGGCGAUUCGGUACAAGAAUUUCGUUUAAACACUGUUACAUAUGGACAAGCCAGUUCGGCGUACUUAGCUAUAAAAUGUAUUUACCAACUCGCGGAGCAUUGUAAGCGGAAUUUUCCGAUAGCGUCGCAAAUAUUGCGCGAGCAAACGUAUGUUGACGACAUCUUGGCAGGUGCCGACAACGUGAACGACGCGGUUAUACUGCGGGAACAACUCGCAACGGUGUUAAGGGCUGGAGGAUUUGAAACGCAUAAAUGGUGCUCCAAUCGUCCGGAGAUUACGGACAAGAUAUCGUCAUCAUCUAGGGAGGAUACGCCUAAUCUCAGCAUCGACACUGACGGCACCAUAAAAACACUCGGGCUUGAGUGGAACCCCAAGGAGGACGUAUUUCAGUUCAUCGUGCACAGAACGGAACCGGUCAACACCAAGCGCGAGAUUUUAUCAACGACCAGCAAGCUUUGGGAUGAUCCUCUGCCUGAUCAACUUCUGGAGAAAUGGGAAAGAUUUCGGCGGGACUUAAAUGCCGCCGAGGUUGUCGUCGUUCCGAGACCAAUAGCUCCAAACAAGAAUGCAGCGAAGCUAUAUUUGCAGGGAUUUUGUGACGCGUCUGAGCACGCGUACGGAGCAUGCAUCUUCGUACAAGAAAGAGGCGAGUGUGGAACGAUCGCCUCGAGACUGCUGUGCUCCAAGUCGAGGGUAGCACCAACCAAACCGACAUCGAUACCCCGCCUGGAACUGUGCAGCGCGGUGCUGCUCGCUCAUUUGAUGACGGACGUUCAAGGCAUGAUAAAUGUGAGCAUCGAGGGUAUCCAAGCGUGGUCGGAUUCCCAGGUCGUUUUGUGGUGGAUUCGCGGCGAUGCGACACGCUGGAAACCUUUUGUGGCACACCGCGUAGCCGAGAUCGUCGAACUUCUACCGGCAGAUCAUUGGAACCACGUUAGGGGAUUCGAGAAUCCUGCCGACGUGAUCUCAAGGGGCGCGACUCUAUCUCAACUCAGGGACUCCAAGCUGUGGUGGUCAGGACCUCAGUGGUUGAACGAAGAGAGCCCGUCAGUAUUUGAAACUCCCAUAGUCUUCGAGCCAUCUCUCGAAUUGGCGGAAGAAAUUCGAACCGAAGAGCGAGCGAAACCACGAAUUUGCGCACUAAUUGAAACAAAGAAUUUAGUCCUGCACGACUUAAUCGACAGGUUUUCAUCGCUGACUCGAAUUGAGCGCAUAACUGCUUACUGCUUACGUUAUGUAUCUAGCCUGCGGAGGAACCCAGACGAACGAGAGCUGUCAAGGUUAACCGCUGUUGAAAUUCGAAACGCUCAGUUGCUUCUUAUUCGACACGCACAGGCGGAUGAAUUCUCUAACGAUAUAGCUGGUUUGAGGCGGGGAGGCAAGUUGAAGUCGACAAGUAAAAUCUUACCGUUGCAUCCGUUUCUAGACGAACAAGGCGUACUCAGGGUAGGCGGACGCCUCCAGAAUGCAUCAUGGACCUUUGCGAGGAAACAUCCCAUAAUAUUGCCAGCUGGCAAUCGACUAUCAAGAUUGUUGCUCGAGAAAGAGCAUCGCCGGUUAUUACAUGCAAGCCAACAGCUCCUGUUGUCCUCGGUGAGAAAGCGGUACUGGCCUAUGAAGGGGCGCAGCUUAGCCAGACAAGUUUGUCACGAUUGCGUUGUCUGCACCAGAAACCGACCGAGAAAGUUAACUCAAAUGAUGGCUCCUCUGCCUGGAGAUCGAGUGCGCCCCAGUCGAGCAUUCGCAGUAGUCGGCGUCGAUUUCGCCGGCCCUUUGGUAACUCUCGUCAACAAGGGACGAGGCCGAAGAACUAACAAAUCGUACAUUGCAUUGUUCGUUUGUCUAGCAACAAGGGCUAUUCAUCUGGAAGCUACUAGCGAGCUUUCUACCGCAGCCUUUUUGGCGACAUUGCGCCGGUUUAUUGGAAGAAGAGGACGUCCAACUAAAAUAUAUAGCGACAACGCCACGAAUUUUGUCGGCGCUGUGAAUUGA